UAUACCUUCCAUAAACAGAUGAAGACAUGAUGAAAUUAGAGUUUCAGAACUUCCGUGUCCCGUACUGUAUGCAACAACACACGCACAACAAACACAUGCGCUUAAUUCUUCCAAUCUCCAUACCCAAUCCUUCUCUCUGCGAUUGCCCUUCAGUUCCCAUGCACUUCCAUUCUAUGCCAUCCAUUGUUAAGCCUCCGAAUUCCCUUUGAUUCCUUCCAACUCAUUUUUUUUGUUGCCUUCCGAUACUUUCUCUCGUUGUCGCUUACCGAAACAUGGUGUUACACUCUGUAUCCGAAACUGAUACACCAGUAGCGCCAGUAGCGUCUCAAUCACCGUCACCACCACAAUCACAAUCAAAUCGGCAACCACAACCACCCAUGGCCUCCUCCGUUUUGUCUUCGAAGCGUCCACCUCUCAGAAGCUUCGCUUUCUCCAACUACAAGUGGCCCCUUGACCACUCCACCACCACCAAUCAUCACCACCGGUUUCGCUACGGACUUGCCGGUUUGACUCGCGACUCGGAGCUCCGGCCAAAUUAUUCUUUCCCGGUCAAUGAAGAUCAUCGUCGCCGGGUGGCCCGCAAACUCGGAGAGUCGACUCUGUCUGCUGGCUCGGAACCUCGGGUCGCUUCUCCGCUCAAGUACGAUCACCACAGCAGUAAACUCGCCGGUUCGACUUGGAGGGGUUCUGAAUCGGAGAAUCGGAAUGAUCCGGUGAGAAACGGUGGGAAAAAUGGCCUUCCCUCCUUUGGUGUUCCAGAGCGCAUGAUCGGAAAGGAAGCUAAGAAAACUUCGGAUAAGAAGCCGGUUAACUCUGGCCGGGAGAUCGGAAAACCGGAGGAGAAACCAAUGGAAUCCGAUCCGAAAUCGAAGAUCCUCAUUCGUCUCCGAACCAAGAACAAGACUGGUGCUACUGAAGAUGAGGAUCGUGCCGCAGAAGCACCGGCUCAAACAUCAUCUGCAGCUGCCGCCGAAGUCGAAGAACCGGCGCAGAAGACGUGGAAUCUGCGGCCAAGAAAACCGGCGACUAAGCGUCUCGACGCCGACGGAGUAAGAGGAGCAACUAGAACUGAUGGAGCACCGGUGCAGGAGACCAAAACCCAGUCUCCGGCUCGCGCUGAAUCUGCUCGAGCCCGAAACGAAACGGACGCGAAAGUUUCGGAGAAAAGGCCGAAACUUUCGAUCUCGCUGUCGAGAAAGGAGAUUGAAGAGGAUAUCCUCGUGUUCACUGGGUCCAAGCCCGCCAGGAGGCCCAAGAAGCGAGCGAAGAACGUUCAGAAACAGCUCGAUAGUGUUUUUCCGGGAUUGUGGCUCGGUUCGAUUACGCCGGAGACAUAUAGGGUUAGUGAUGCUCCUGGGAAGUGCUAGGUUGGACUGUUGGCAAUUUGUGAUUCUUUUGACUGUUUGUUGGAAUUUUGAAGGCCUUGUGACUGCUGACCCUUUUUAGACGGCAAAGGAAGGUUCAAGGUUUAAACAAACUAUACACCAACAGACCAUAGAACUUUGAAGAUGAAUGGAUGACAAUUCUAUCUCGUGAGCAGCUCAAUAAAAAGUUGGAAGAGUUAUAUCGUUUUACUGGUUAUUAGUUGUCACAGAUGUACAUAAGAGUUAAAACUAUUGAAGUUCGAAGGAUAAGACUUUUGAAUAGUUUUUUGUGUUUAUGUUUUCUAUUUUC